UUUUUGGCGUUAACAGCCUGGCGCUCAUUUGCUGCCUAACGGGACUUUAUGAGAGCAAUAACACGGGGACACACGCACCCGCACGCACGCCCGCGUGCACACGCACGCAUGCCUGCCCUGCAGCCAAAGAGGGGAGGAUGUCCCCUCUCUCUCUCUCUCUUUCUCUCUCUCUCUCUCUCUCCUCUCUCUCUCUCUCUCUCCUCCCUCCUCAGUCUGCCUUAAUCCCAUUUGCUAUUGUGCGAGCCCAAUCGCCUGUACUUUCCGCAUUUAACUUGGAUGACAUUUUUAUUUCGUCAUUAGCACACCGGCUCGCGGUUCGGCGUUCGAGCCCCCGGGAUGAUCCAUCCGGCACGCCUUGUGCACGCUCCCGCUGCCCCUCGACCGCCUUCCGUCUCUUUCCGUGCGUGCGCUUUGGUUUGAGUUCACCCAAAGAAGCAGUGGAAGUCACCACUUGCAAAGAAAAAAAAAGAAAAAAUACAUUUAAAAAAAGAUUUUUUUGUGUUUUUUUGUUUUUUUGUUUUUUUUUAAACCCAAAACCCUCGAUCCUCCGCCGCCAUGCCCGAGACCACGCAGGAGGCUCCGGCCAAGGACUCGCCCUUCUUUAUCAAGAACCUGCUCAACUGCGACAGCAAGCCGCCCAACAAGCCCAAGCCGCCGGCGCUGGCGGCCCACCGGGCGGCCCUGGAGGCGGCGGCCGGGGGCUUUUCCCUGGCGCAGGUGGCCGACUUCGGCUUCCCUCGCUUCGAGCUGCCCGCGCAGCGCUUCACUCUGCCGGCCCACUACCUGGAGCGCACCUCGGCCUGGUGGUACCCGUACGCCCUCAACUCGUCCGCGCACAUCCACAGAAGUGAAGCCAUAGAAAAACUGACAGCCAGAGACUCGUCCCCGACGUCGGGCACGGACCGGGACUCUCCGGAACUGGUGCUCAAGUCCGAGCCGGAGGCCUGCAAGGACGACGACGAGGACGACGAGCGCGCGGCGAGCAAAAGCGGCGACGAGAUCAUCUUGGAGGAGAGCGACUCCGAGGAGGCCUGCAAGAAGGACGAGCUGGACGACUGGAAGAAACGCGACGACGACGGCGGCGGCGGCGGAGGAGACAAGAAACCGUGUCGCAAGAAGAAAACGCGCACCGUGUUCUCUCGCAGCCAAGUCUUCCAGUUGGAGUCCACGUUCGACAUGAAGCGCUACCUGAGCAGCUCGGAGCGCGCCGGCCUGGCCGCCUCGCUGCACCUGACCGAGACGCAGGUGAAGAUCUGGUUCCAGAACCGCAGGAACAAGUGGAAGAGGCAGCUGGCCGCCGAGCUGGAGGCGGCCAACCUCAGCCACGCCGCCGCGCAGAGGAUAGUCCGGGUGCCCAUCCUUUACCACGAGAACUCGGCGUCGGAGGGCGCGGGCGCCGCCCCCAGCGCGCCCGCCAGCCAGCCGCUGCUCACCUUCCCGCACCCGGGCGUCUUCUACUCGCACCCCAUCGUCACCUCCGUGCCACUGCUCAGACCCGUCUGAAAGUACACACACACGCACACACACACACACACACAAAAGAAUAGGAAUGAAUAAAAAAAAAAAAAAAAAAAAGAAGUAAAAUAUUUUUAUACUCGAUGAAGAAACGAACGAGGAGGUGGAAACAAAACUGUAAGGCCUGCAGGGACCUCUUGUUUUACGGUUUACACGUGAUCCGACAAUUCAACCACGUUAUUAUUAUUAUUAUUAUUUGGGCUGCAGCUAACAGUUAUUUUAAUAAUCAAUGAAUCUGUAUAAUAUUUUCAAUUAAUCCUUGAAUUGGAUUUAAAAAAAAAAAAAACUAAAAUUCUAUCCAUAAAAAAAACAAAAAACAGGACAUGUUUUCAAAGUAGUACUUAAGUAAAGCUGAUGUUUACAAAUGUCUUCUUUUGAUGACAACAAAGAACAGUCUGCUUUCAUGGAGGACUGCAGAAAUGUGCGAAUGUUGACUGGCGAGAGGAUGAAAUUAGAGGAUUAGAGGAGGUCUGUAAAUGAUGACUCGAUCAUCAAAAUUGAUAAUCGAUUAGUUGAAUCGAUGAACGGAAUGGUUGCAGCUCUAGUUAUUAUUAUUAUUAUUAUUAUCAUCAUCUCAGGAGUCUACCUGCUUACACUGCCCAAAGAGUGUCUAUUUUUUUUGAUUGUAUUUUUUUUUUUAUUUCGACUACUUUUUAAGUUCGAGUUUUUAACACUGUGACCACCUUGUUUAGGGCCCAAAAUAAGUCCCACUGGCUUGUUCAUGUGUAAAACACUUUUGUUGUUGUUUUGAACCAUUAUGUGCAAUACAUCAUUCCAACCAACAAGAAUUUGUACUUUUUUAGUUUGUUAUGAUUCCUAUUUGUUCUGGCAAAGAGCUCGUGACGGGUGACAAUCAAGACACUCUCAACUGUACAUGACUGUGAUUGUUGCUAUGUGUGUAAUUAGCUUUAGUUUUGAUUCGAUGAAGGUGUAGACUCCACUGCUGUAUAAAGUUAUGUAAAUGUAUAUAUUUAAUGAACGGGGAGACAGUUUUUUUGUUUGUUUCUUUCUUUCUUUCUUUCUUUCUUUGUACAGAAAAAAAAACACACGCAUCGUUUCUUUUGAUAUUGUAUUGAUGGAGCAAGUGGUGAAAUAAAUGGAGAAUAUUG